AGGACAGUAGAGAUGAAGGGAUUCAAGGAAAAAAAGGAAUGGAGAAAAGGUCAACACAGGAGGCGGACCAUGUUUCUUUCCCAACCUCCAGCCAGUCUCAGGUCUCAUCAGGUUCCUUGUCAGAGUCAGUUAGGUUCACUAUUGAUGUACAAAAGCCAACAGUAGAGAGUCUUUCCUGUUCUGUCACAGUCAGCACCAACAAUGCAGAUCUAACAGGUGGGAAAGUUGCACCACAGAUAGAAGUGACCUCCCCCCAGGGUAAAACCACCCUCAUACAAACAACAGCACACACUAGUCCCCCACUAGCUGCAGGGAAGGGACAAACCAGCAGAGUUAGCAGGGUCUGGGGUGCAGUGUGGAGACCUCAGCAGUCAGGCAAACACACACUGGGGGUCUGUAUGGGGGGUAGGAAGGAUCUGGGUUCUCUCACUGUAGAUGUGGUUAGUAACAAUCCUGUAAUGAGGCUUGGGGAGUUCGGCAGCCAGCAGGGGCAGUUUAACGGGCCUAAGGAUGUAGCAGUCAGGGGGGACAGGCUGUAUGUGGCUGAUACUAGUAAUAAACGUGUUCAGAAAUUUUCUCCAUCAGGAGAACUGCUGCACAAAUUUCCUCUGGGUAAAUAUUGCACACUCCCCUAUGGGCUGGCAGUACAGAGGGAUGGGAGGGUUGUUGUAGCUGAUCCACAAAAACACAGCAUCUUCCUGUUUGAGGCAGAUGGGACACUGGUGAAACAGGUGGGAGGGUGGGUGCAGGGGCAGGGGGAGGGGCAGUUUGAUCAGCCAUGGUUUGUCUGUGUGGAUAAAGAAGACAACAUCAUUGUGGCAGAUACAAACAACGACCGUGUUCAGGUGUUUGACAAGGCCCUGACCUACAAACACAAGUUUGGUCAGCAUGGCAAACAGCCACAGGAGAUUUGGGAGCCUAUGGGGGUGUCAGCUGACAGCAGGGGGAACAUAGUUCUGGCAAACACUAGUUUUGAACUCAAGAAGCUUCAGGUGUUCCGCCCAGACGGCACCUGGGUGUCCACCAUCAGCAGUGAUGGGGACAAACUGAGCAGUCCCCGUGGGGUGGCUGUGACAGAGGAUGGACAUGUGUUUGUAGCUGAUAUUGAUGACUGCUGUAUCAGGAAGUACAGAUACAUGUAACAGUGUAGAAUGUUCCAGGUACAGGAACUGUGAGCACCUCACAAGCUCAGUAAG